AUGGAAUUGCAAUCAUUGUCGCAGUCAUUUUCUGACAAAUUAGGUAAACUUGCAGACAAGAGUUUAACAUUCUCACCGGAACAGAUUGAAUGUGUAUGUGUAGCUUUACAACAAAGAAAUGAUGUAGAAAAGUUAGCUAUAUUUCUCUGGUCCCUUCCACCCGGCGAAAGCCUCAAAAGCAGCGAGUCUGUAUUGAAAGCUAGAGCCACUGUAGCAUUCCGCAACGGAGAUUACAAAGAAGUGUAUUCUUUACUGCAGAACAAUACAUUCAACACCUCCAACCACACAUUUCUCCAGCAACUGUGGUUUAGAGCUCAUUAUAACGAAGCCCAGAUUGCCAGGGGAAGACCGCUUGGGGCUGUGGAAAAGUACCGACUUAGAAGAAAGUAUCCUUUGCCUGAGACUAUCUGGGAUGGUGAAGAAACAGUGUACUGUUUUAAGGAGAAGUCUAGACAGGCUUUGAAGAAUUGUUACAAAGAGAACAGGUACCCAACACCCGAUGAGAAGAGAUGCCUGGCGAAACUAACGGGAUUAACGCUGACACAGGUCAGCAACUGGUUUAAGAACAGACGACAGAGAGAUCGGACACCCUAUUCA